AUGGCAGAGGGUAGUCCAGAACCAAAUUUAAAUAACGGAAAUAUAGAUUUGAAUCCUAAAGCUAGAUGGGUGAUACCUCAAAGAUUAGAUUCUGUAACCUUUAUUGGGCACGAUCUUUUUGCAGUAGCUUAUGACGUAUACAUUAUUUUGUUUAACAUGAAGACGGGUUCCGAGUCAGUUUACGUUGCUAACAGUCCUGAAAAAGGCGACGGCGUAGAUGUUGUAGCAGGUCACAGGUCGCUGGUUUUUGCAUUCGCUGAGAAAGUAAGGAAUCCACGAAUUUUCGUCGUUCAAUAUCCUUCGUUUCAUGUGCUUGCUGAAUUAAAAGAUUCUGACGUAAAUCGCUAUAAAGGUAUUUGCAUGAUGGAGUGUGACCUAGUCGCUGGGUUCAGCGGUUUUCCUAACUACAUCAUGUCUAUUUGGAGUUGGCGUACUCAUCAAAAACUUCUUACAGUGCCUACUGGUGUUGUUAGACGACAACAAAUAUAUGCUGCGAGUCGAACACACAUGCUCAUUUGUGAAUCCUGGGGCGAAGGUUUGCAUGUUUGGGAAGUAGCACAAUGCUAUAAAAGAUGUCUAAUCAUGAAGAGAACUAAACCAGAAUGUACUGGGUGGGAGGUGUCUGAUCCCAGUCUGGUAGCUGUUUGCUGGAGUAAUGAAGGACAACUGUACGCCAUUGAUGCUAGGGCAAAUCUCUACAGCUUACUUUCGGAUGGUAUUGGCAUGGUUACAAACCUAGACUGGGUGGAUGAAAUCAAAGGCUCCAGAAAGCCAUGCAUGUGUUCAUUUGGGCAUGGAAUACUUAUUUAUGGACCCGAUAAACAUCUGCGGAAGCCAGAUCACCAGUGGCAUGUAGUGUGGAAGCAAAAAAUAGAUGACGAGGUGUUACGCCUCGUGUCAAAUGCGGUUUCUGAUGUAGCUGUCAUAUGGACUGCAAAGGGUUUCGUUUAUAGAGUGAAGGAGGAAGGAGAAGACAAUAUCACUGUUAAACUUUUUACAUUCAAGCAAAGAAAUAUAACAAAAGCUCAGCUUAUAGCACCUGAUUUUUUGUACGUCGCUACAAUGAAUGAUAAAGGUGUACUCUGUAUUAAUGAUGUCUUCUCGGCAAAAUUGGUUCUUGUGAAAUAUGUAGAAGGCGGCGAUAUGUCGUUCGAAGCAAGUCCAACGGAUCCAAUUAUGAUUAUAUUCGGUGAAGUCGGCCAUAACUACGGACUGGCACUUUUUGAAUUCCGCUCCGACGAGCUCGUGAAAGUGGGCAACGUCUGUCUUACACAUCAGAUUGUAUCACGUAUCGUCUUUUCUCCAAGUGGACGAGAGUUUGUUGCGGCAGCCAUGUCAGCUGGACAUAUUUUCAUAUACAAAUUAUCAAAUGAUUACAAACUCACUCUUGUUCGAUAUACGGAGUUAGGACGAGGAUUAGCAGAUUGUUUUCUAAUGAAAGUCGGAGAUUCAAUGCGGGCGUUUAGCCUUGUAUUGUUCUCAGAUAAAUAUCCAAUUGGUGAACGUAUCAUCUGUAUAAAUGCGGAUUCGGGUAAGGACAAUAAAUUCGCGGGAAAAAUGGCGGGACCUUACGCGAAACUAUUGCCUCUUAGCGGACGAGACAUGGCUAUCGCUAUUCCCCAUCUCACUACAAAAGCGCAUGUCCUGAAAUUAGCUGGAGAUAAAGGAGUAACAGUGUCAGUAAAGAUGGGUCCAAAUGUAGAUACUGGCCACGAACUAAAGCACUAUGAUGCAUUUUACAGUCCCGGUGCGUUUCUCACAUUUGGGUAUGAUGGAACUGUGGUGAUGCGCCAACCACAUUGUCCUGAAGAAUAUGACCUCAGACUUGUAGUAACACACCGAUACGAAUAUGGUAUAAAGCAAGCGUUGAUAGACGACAAUGGAACAUUCAUAGCUCACUUAGCUGGAAACAAAACCUUUGUGGUGCACUAUCUGCACGGACAAAACGAAGAGUAUCAAAAUGAGGUACAUCAUGAGGCACCGCCCAUUGAGUUCUUUGAAGAGAGCCUCAACACCAUCACUAUCAUAAACGAAAGGGAUAAAAACUACCUCGAUUUACAAGAAGAUAAAAAAGUUAAAGAAGAGUCUAUGGAUUAUAAGAAACAACGAGAAGAAGUUGUAAGAUCGUUCGAGUCCGUCCAAUCGCGUGUAGUGGCUUUAUUGGAAGAGAAUAUAGCGGAGCGACCAUUACAUCAACUGUCACUGUCUGAGUUUAACUUGCAUCUUGAGUAUAAGAAGGAAAGGAACAAGCAGGCUGAAAAAGAAAGACACCAAAUAAAAUUAGAAACAGAAGCCCGAAUUGUAGCGCAAGACAAGGUGACCGCGUGGAUCAAAGCUACUUGUUGGGAUACUAUGCUCACUCCGCGAGUGAAAUUAUUCGCCAUAUUCAGCCACUAUCAGGUUGAAAACUAUGCAGUGUUGCCAACUCAACGAGAUAACUGGCCAGAAUUACAACAAAUAGAGGCGCUGCGUAGUGUGGAAAUGGAGAAUGACCAUGACCUAUUUAGACCCUGGGAAGAACCUGUUGAAAAAAUUAGUGUCGAGGAGUUAUCUAUACACCCCGGUCCAGAAUCCAUUUUAUCAAUGAAAUCAGCCCAUAAAAGCAUAGACAGUCAAAUGCUUCCUGAUCUUGUGGAGUCUGAGGAAUCUUUAGAAGGCCAACCAUAUGUGCUAUCUGGUUCUAACGCACAUCGCUUUGUCGAUAUUCCACCUUUUAUGAUACCUCAAACAGUAGCUUUCAGUUUCCUACAAAUGAAUUGGCUGCAACACAUUGUCAAGUUAAAUGUUCAAAAUAUGCGCUUGUGGUUCAACAAACAGUUUGACGAUAUGAUGAAUCAAAAACGACGAGAAGUAGGUCUUGUAGAAGAAAGAAAUGCGAGACUUCGUUUUAUAAUUGACGAGCUUAACAAAUUGUCAGACCUUAGGGGAAGCUUUCACCAUUUAAACAUGCAGAUAAUCGAUCCUGAGUGGAAACAAGAAGAACUACCCCAUAAAUUGAUUAAAGUUGACCCAGAAGAGUGUAGCAUUGAACCAUAUAUUAGCCCGAGUCAAAUUGUUAUCCCACCUCCGGACUCGGGCCCGAAAGACGACUUUCGCGAACGAGCUUUAAUUGAAAUGAUGGACGGUGUACUCGAAAAGCUCUGGCAUGAAGAAAUCAAAAAACCGAUACCGAUGCCACAAUGUAUGCUGGAUAAAGACCCAGAACACUUCAACGAAGACGAUUUGCGCCUCGUUUUCGACUACGAAGCAAAAGUGGCAUUUCGGAACGAGGAGCGUGACAAAUAUAGAAAGAUGUUACAUGCAGAGUAUGCAAAACUCUCCCAAGUGUUGAAUGAAGGAGUUGUUAAAUUUAAUCAAAAGGUUAAAGAUAUGUGGCUAACGAAACUAAAAGUCGAUUCUGUAAUUGGCCAGGAGAAUUUGAAUUUGAUGCGACUACGUCGAGUCAAUCUUGAUCGGGUUGAGAUGGCAGAAAAAUUGGAAGAUAUGAGGGCUAUUAUUAGUAAAACAGAGUCUGAGGCGGAACUACUCCAACAAGAGUUGCAUCAGAUUCAAGAGCAAAGUGAAGAAUGUCAGACAAUGUACGACAAUCUUGCCCAGAAGGAUAGGCACAUGGAUAAGACCUUUAAGAAUCAUUUCGCUGAUCUAUCACCGAUUAUUGUUGACCAGUGUUAUAAAUAUUUCAAAAAACGCCCAAAGUGGCAUCAGCGCGCUACAAUGAUUCCAGUAGUACUAUACGACCUCGCAAAUGCUGUAUUGACAGGAGUCAGACCGUUUCUUUUGCACGCUGACUGUGUAGAUUUUUUUAAGGGUAUUGAACAACUAGAUCAGAUUAGUAACAUGCCGCCAGUAAUGGACGAAGCUCUAUGGGCCACCACCUGUAAAUUGAGACGCGCCAAGGUUGAAAAUGAAAUAAGGAUGCGGGCUGUAGCCCAAGAAAUGGCGUAUGUUGAAAGUACAUCUAACGUGUGGCGUGCCGCGAUUCAGUCCCGCAGGCAACGUUUAGUAAAAACCUCUGAAAUGAUUCGGCAACACCGAGAGGAAGUGGAGUUUGCUGGUAGAAAUAAGUCGCUUCAGUUGGUGCUGCCCGCGGGUCAAGUGGAAAUUACAACGACUGGUCACAUGGAAGACUACGACGAUGCGACUCUUAUCCUUCGACAGGACAUAGAACAAAUAAAUAACCUUAUUCUAAAAGUAGGCGAUUGGAAGUUAAACAUGAUGCGGAAACAAAUGGAAUUUCGGAAGGGAAUUCUCGCAAAAGAGUGGGAACAUGCUCAAAUGAAAAUGAAACUGAGACACAUGGAACAAGAGCUCUACUCCUAUCAAAGACUGAAGGUUCCAAAAGAGCUACAACAAUAUUUGAAGAACAAGGAGCUAGGAUAUACUGAUGAACAGGAUUACGUACGAAUGGAGAAAGAAAUGGAAGCAUCUAAGAUGUCUGUUAAUAAAGUGCUUGCUGAACAGAUAAAGAGAGUUGAAGAAUUGGAGAUUAAAAUCAACACUCUAGAAGCGCAUUCAAAAGAUCUGGAAAAGCUGAUCGUAACGUUAAACGUAAAGGUGUCCGAAAAGAGGCUGCACGAGGAUCCUCUUGAACCUAUUCGAAUACGGCGGACCUUUAAAAAGCGCAUGGAAACCCUAGUAAUGCGCAGUAAGCUUAUACGCGAAGUGCAAGCGAAUCACACUUCAAUAGUCCUACUGCAAACGGAGCUGGAACUUCUGCGGUUACGAACAUAUCCAACACUAGCCAGUUUCCGAACAUUGGAAUAG